AUGCUGAAAUUGCAAAAUGCUCCCCUGCCACAAGCUAGAGUACUACUGAAACACUUAGUCAAAACGAUUCGGCUAGCAAAUUGGAUUUCUAACUGUAAUUCCCAAAUGCACAACGGAACCAUAUUGGAAAAGAAAGACUCUAAUAACGCAAAUCUGGAUUGUCCUGUGGCUGUAGCGUUCGAAAACGAUUCCACAGGACUUCAAAGCAAAGAUGUGUCACCUGAUAGCGACGUAAACGACGUUACAAAUCAUGAUGAUGGUGUCAAGAAUGCUAUUUCUAAAAGUACUACCGAUGACGGCAUUAGAAUAUCCUUAAAGAAUGAAUUGGAAUAUUACUUUUCAAGGGAAAAUGUCGCUUCUGAUGCAUAUUUGCUUUCUCAAAUGGAUAGCGACCAAUACGUGCCAAUUAAAACAAUAGCUACAUUUAAUACAAUUAAGCAGCUAACAUCAGACAUAGAUCUAAUCACUGAAAUAUUGAAAGAGUGCUCUACUGUACAGCUGGAUGAAGACGGUGAGAAAGUCCGACCAGUUACUAAUCGAUGCACGAUCAUUCUACGAGAAAUUGAUAGACGGACGCCAACAGAGGAUAUAAUGAAUCUAUUCUCUGAUACGUGUCCUAAACCAAUAUCAUGUGAAUUUGCCCACAACAACAGUUGGUACGUUUCCUUUGACAAUGAUGAAAAGGCGCAGGAAGCCUUUAAUUACAUAAGAGAAGUAGUGAAAGAAUUUCAAGGCAAACCAAUAAUGGCUCGAAUUAAAGCAAAGCCGAUACAGAAACGCGAUUUUGGCCCAAAAAACGAAUUUAGGCAACUGCCUCCAGAGGUUAAUACAUAUCCACGCCCAAGGCCUGCUUUUGGGAUGGUUCCUUUCAACGGUCAUCAGGCUGUUCCUUUCUACAAUGUAAUGCCUUGGGCCGUGCCUCACUAUUACCCAGAACCGGCAAUGAUGAAUAGUGUACUUAUGCAGAUGUAUUUUUCUGCAUUAAUAGCACCUUCUAAUACAAUGAAACAAGUAUCAAACCCAUCAAAUCAUCGUGGACAUUCGGGUCAUCACAAUAAAAAUACUUCGAGAAGCGAUCGUCAAAAUCGUGAAGAACACCAUCGUUCGGCUACUGCUAAUGGUACUCUUCCAUCGCAGAAUGAAUCAAAUCCAAGUACGCCACGACGCCACACUAAUGAACAAGGGAAGACUGGAAAGCAAAAACGUCGUAGUCAUAGUUCAGAAGAAGUAAACUAUAAACAUGUAAGCAACUAUUCUGAUAAUCGUUCUCAUUUACAAGUUGCAAGAGUUUUACGUGAUGCUUCUUUUUUAAAAUCCAUUAAUCAGAAACCUAACAAAGAUGGAACAAAUUAUUCUAGCAAAAAAGAAAAGGAAUAUCCCAUACAACGUAAAGUAAAUUUGGAUUUUGCCUCACAUUUUCCACCUUUACCAUCAGCCGUAGGAAGUAAUACCGCUUCGCCACCAGUUCGGGAAGUAGACGAUAUCGAUCACCCUAAGUUAGCUGAUGUGGUUAAAGGUAUUAAAGACGCGAAGGAUUCAGGCGCCAGUUCUACUAAUGUAAAUCGGAACAAACCUACGUCGCAAGUAUCCUCCAAAAGUAAACCGACUGUAAAUGCCACAACUCAAAAUCAUGAAUCCCAGGCAAAAGCAAGUACCAGUAAAGGCAGCGCUAAAAGCUUAGAUUCUUCGAAGCACGAAGAAAAGUCCACAAAUCCAAAAUUAAGCUAUGCCGAAAUGGCACAAAAAUCAAAUAAAAAAGCUUCAAAAUCUGAAAGUACUGAAAGAUAA